UUUUAAGUAUAUUUUUGAUGUUUAACAUUUUUUUAUUUUCAAUUUGUUUUUUUUUUCUUGAAUAAGAAUCCUAAUUAUAACAGAUUGAUAUAAUCUGUUGUACUUUUUUUUUCCACUACAAAAUUAGCAGCCACCAGAGAAAGUUGCGGUCGUCCACAGUUCAUUUUCAUCUCCGAUCCGCCGGCGCCGGAGCCGAUGAAUUCCCUGAACUCCGAUUACGGCUGUUUUAUGACUUUGAAUCAUGUGGAGCUGUUUUGUUUCUGAAUUCAUUGGAUUUUGAAUUUUUUUUAGGAAGAAGCCCUUGCCGUAAACAAAUGAAAGACUAGAAGAUUCUUCUUGAGGUAAAUAUAGUAGUAUUUAAUAUUCUUAAAAAGGUUAUGGAGGCGCGUCCUGCUUUAUCUGUCCAGAGGACGGGUGCACAUCAACUCAGUAAUUUUGGAGCAUCAGGAGCUCAUUCUUCAUUGCCUGUGCUUCAAACAAGCCUGGAAGAGAAAUAUCCUAAGUUGCCAAGGGCUGUCCUUUCUUCGUUUCCUUCAAACAGUGAGGCUGUUGGUCAUUUGUUCUCCUCAUCAUCGGGGUUCUCCACCAAUCUUCACUUUUCAUCUGUUCUGCCUCAUGAGGAGCAUUUGGCACCUGCAACUUUCAUUUCUCAGCCAACAAUUAAUGAGGCAUCGAUCCCAUUGGCUAAUUCUGGAGUGCUUCAAUGUGCAGCAUCAAGCCAGUAUGCUAAUGUAAAUAGUGAACCCUGGUGUACAGAAUUAUUGGCUGAUUACCUUGAUUACUCGUCAAAUACCCCUGUCCAGAACAGUCAGCUUGAUUGUAGAAAUCCAGGUGAUUGUCACAUCCCACCUGAGGAUCUUAGUAAACAAAGUGAUUGGCCGGAAUGGGCUGCCCUUGUAAUGAAUGAUGAUGAUGCUUUGACUUCUAAUUGGAACGAGGUCAUGGUUGAUACUAGCAUUGGUGAUGCAGAGCCAAAGAUGCAAUAUCAGGAACAAAAUCAACCUUCAAAUUUCCCAGUACACCAAGUUCAACCAUUGCAGCAAAUUCCUACUGCAUCUGUAGAAACAUCUGCCGUUGUUCCUGCAUCAUCCACUGCAAGUGGUUCUUCAUCGAAACAACGGAUGCGUUGGACACCAGAACUUCAUGAAGCCUUUGUGGAAGCAGUCAACAAGCUUGGUGGAAGUGAAAGAGCUACUCCCAAGGGUGUGCUAAAGUUAAUGAAAGUUGAAAGUUUGACCAUCUAUCAUGUAAAAAGUCACUUGCAGAAAUAUCGAACAGCUAGAUAUAAACCAGAAGCAUCAGAGGGACCCUCUGAGAAGAAAGAGCCAUCCAUUGGCGAUUUGUCAUCUCUGGACUUAAAAACGGGUAUUGAGAUCACUGAAGCAUUGCGGUUACAGAUGGAAGUUCAGAAACAGCUGCAUGAACAGCUUGAGAUUCAAAGAAAUCUGCAGCUGCGAAUAGAAGAACAAGGACGGUGCCUUCAAAUGAUGUUUGAGAAGCAAUGUAAGUCAAUGCCCGGUAUUGACUUAGCGAAGGGCUCAUCAUCCGUGGCAGAGGAUGCCUCCACACAGCUGACAGAUGCAGUUCAAAGUUCCUCAAACAAAAUUGAUCCAGGAGUGUCACUGGUUGAUCAUCAGGAAGCAGGAAGUUAUACAACUCAAAAGGUGGGGGAGAAGCAGAAAGAGAAAGAUAGAGAUUUUGGAAAUCCUGAGACAAAUAUUACCAGCUCAUCAAACUCGCCACCAUUGAAGCGUGCUAAAGUCGAUGAAUAAGCUUCUGCAGUUCAUAAACCUUUUGGUAGUACAGUUAUCCCUUUUAUCAACAGAAAGGCACCAAUUUACAUGUAGCAAUAGACUCCAGAAUCCAUGUAUGCUGAAUGACCUGACAACCAAAUGGCUUGGCCAGUUCCUCAGCCUUUGCUAAUCGUUGCAGCAAAAUGUUGCUUUCUUCCCCGAAUGCACAACCACGUGGAGGAUCGCUGCUAUAAACAACUAGACAAGCUGAGCUAGUUGUUUGUGUAGAACCAGUCUGGCAAGUCAACUGUUCCUUAAUGUGAAUUAUGGAACCUCCAGCCUUUUCAACCAAAUCUAACAGGUCAUUUUUGUAAGUUGGGACAUAAUCUCCACUCAGAUAAAACUUCAAACCAUCAAAUAGCUUAGGUGCCUGCAUAAGAGACAAGGAACCUUUUUGCUAUGCGAUAAUGUUUUUAGAAUUAUGGAAUGAUUUAUUUAAUCUAAAGGUCUAUCGAAAACAAUUUUUCUAUCUCUACGAAGGAGUAAGGUCUGUAUACACUCUACCUUCUCAUGGAAUUACACUAGGUAUGUUGUGAUAUAAUGAUUUAAGAAUUUCAUGCACCUCGUUACUAAGAAAAUCAGCAAAGAUGUUUCAGCCAAAAAGCAUGUGCACAAAACAGCAUUGUAAAUGCAUUUCUUAUCACCAGC